GUUUUGUGUGUGCUCACGUCGCGCUUGCGCUGUGGAACCAGAAGAGCCAGAAGAAAAAGACGAGAGAGUGGAUUCGAUUUAAUAAAGCAAGGCAAGAGAUUUUGUGUCAAUAUCGUUUUGGUUCGACGAAAUGGAGAAGGCAGCGUAGGCAACAUGUAUUGGAAUAAGAAAACGAUGUGAAGAGCACAGAAUGUUUUUAUGACGGGACGCCGCAGGGAAGACGCCGAGCCCCCGUCAGUUUAUUUGGGGGAAAAUCGUUGGAGUGGUUCAAUUCCCUGAAUAACAGCUUGGAUGUAAAGGGGACGUUACAGUAAGACAUUCCAAAGAUGCCAAAGAGGUGGACCGCAGCAACGCCAUGCAGCUAUCUCCCUCUCGUCUUGUUGGUGAUCGUUCUGCCCAGGUGUAUACUGUCGAUCCGUGCUGACAAAACCAUCAGCAAGGAAGACCAUGUUACUGCUACGGUCAAUGCCACCGUACUUGACUCCAAAGGCAAUCCAAAGCAAAUUUUAACCAAGGACGAUGGCACCUACGGCCAGAAUUCACCGAAAGUGGACGCGAAAGGAAUCGUGAUUGGACCUGCACCGAAUCAUGGAGUGGUGGACCGCCAAGGCUGCGACCCCCACACGCGCUUUGUGGUGCCCCCCCGGACAGGGCACUGGGUGGCCCUGCUGCAGCGCGGCAACUGCACCUUCAAAGAGAAGAUCCUCAAGGCCUCUGCUUUCAACGCCUCCGCCGUACUCAUCUACAACAACAACUCCAAUGAGGACACCGUCAAGAUGGGCCAUGAAGGUACGGGUGACACUGUGGCGGUGAUGAUCACUGAGUCGUACGGCAAGGAGAUCCUGGGUCUGCUGGAGAGGAACCUGACGGUGCUGGUGAGUGUGGUGGUGGGCCAGCGUGGCCAGGCCAAGAAUAUCAACCGCGGCUCCCUGGUCUUCGUCUCCAUCUCCUUCAUCGUACUCAUGAUCAUCUCCUCUGCCUGGCUCAUCUUCUACUUCAUCCAGAAGAUCCGCUUUACGAACGCACGUGACCGCAGCCAGGUAGGACAUAGACGUCGACUUGGAGAUGCAGCUAAGAAAGCCAUCGGGAAGCUGACAACCAGGACGGUGAAGAAAGGGGACAAGGAGACAGACCCGGACUUCAACCACUGCGCUGUGUGCAUCGAGGGUUACCAGCUCAACGACGUGGUCCGCAUCCUGCCCUGCAAACAUGUCUUCCAUAAGCUGUGUGUGGACCCCUGGCUGAACGAGCACUGUACCUGCCCCAUGUGUAAGCUGAACAUCCUCAAGGCUCUGGGCAUCAUGCCCAACCUGCCGUGCGUGGACAACGCCGGUUUUGACAUGGACCACAGGAUAGGGCGCAGCCAGACGAUGGCCAGCCAGCGGACGGCCUUGGUAGACCUGUCCAGUGAGACGUCCAUCAGCCUGGAGCCUCUGCACCGAGGCCCCCUCGGUACCGGACCCCAGAUCCCCUCCGAGAGCGGAGAACUCACCCCUCGCACCGGAGAGAUCAACAUCGCCGUCACCAAGGAGUGGUUUAUAAUCGCCAGCUUCGGCCUUCUCAGCGCUCUCACAUUGUUCUAUAUGAUCAUCAAGGCCACUGCCAGCUUCUCCAGCCCUGAGUGGCCACUUCUUCAACCGGAACUCCCUGUCCCCGCGCAGUGUGGUCUGUGAGAUGGAGCUUCCCGACAUCCAGGCAUCACUCGACCUCUACGAUGACAACAAGUCGUGAGGGUCGUCGCCGUGGUUUCGACUCCAGUCUAAGGGAAGGAUGGCCUUGUACCUUCCUGCAUACCGGCGAGCCUUUGUGUGGGAGGGUGACGGGAGGGUGACGGGCGGCUCAACAACUUAGACGACAACCUUGACUAACUUGUGGAACAUCGACAAUGACAUAACAUCAAAGACCUUCUUCCAAUGCAGAAUGUACUAUUAUUACCUGUCAAAAAGAAGAGGGGAAGUAGACAUCCUCUCCUUUGUUUUACACUUUCAUUUAGGAAAAAAAUGUUUUCUCCAGAGAGACUCUUUUUGAAAUUUGUUUCUAUAUUCUGUAAUGGGGAAUUAACCCUUUCUAGUCUUACUUUGCAGUAUCUCUCUGUAUCGUCCAUUUGAAACGAGCUAGAAAAAAAUGAACGGGUUUCAGUGUAGCCUACUGUCAGCAUCCUGCAAUACAUCUGUAAGCUAUAUAUGAUUAGCAAACCAUCAUUUUAUUUUGCUUUCUUUGGAUCUUUAUUCGUGAAGGCAACAAUAGAAAGGCAUACUGGUUCUUCCCUGGUGGACCAGUUGGCUCUGUUGUAUUUACUAUGCUGCCUAAAAGGACAGUGGAGAGUACGUUUUGACUUGUGGGCUAUGUCCAGACAUACCCUGUCUCUUCCUCUAUAUGGCCAGUGACUGGUGCAAGAAUAAGACCAGUGGAACAAUGGACAUGCAGCUAUGUGAAGUUAUAAACUCUGUGACAGGCAGUGUUUCUUCCCUGUAGCGAAACCAAUGUGUCUCUGUAUAAAAAAUAUAUAUAAUAAUGACACUUUAACGUGUAUUUAAAAAAGCCUAUGAAAUACCCACAGCGUGUACUAAUCAGCCCCCAGUGAGGGGGACCUAGUGUGUAUGUGUGUGUGUGUGUGUAUGCAUGUAUGUAUGUAUGUAUGUAUAUAUACACACACACACACACACACAAUCUAUAUACAAUCUAUAUCUCUAAAGUGGCCUCUAAAGCAGUUUGUUUUCCUUUCUCAAUCUUGUAAAUGCUUGGGUGGAAGGCUUUGUCCUCUGUUCUUGUUGUCCCUUUGUGUUCUAGUCUUUGCAUCUGAUAUUUGGGAUGAUGAUUGAUGUGACGCGGGGAGGGGAGGGGAGUGUGUGUCACAGUUUCGGGUCACUGUGUUACAUACAGUACUGCCUCACCAUUAAAAGUGUCAUUAUUGCCUACGA